UCCCCAACGCGGGAUUGCGACAGACAAAUCCAACCGGGCUUCCGCUGAAUCACCCAAAAAAAAAACCCUCCCCGGCCCCAAAACACGUGGGGACAUGCCCCGGGAAUGGGGGGACCCAGAAGGGGUUGAGGGGACCCAGAACCAGCACAUCGCGGUGGGAGGGGAGCCGCCACUGCCAUGUCCGAAAACGCCGCGGUGCCGGCAGAGGCCGGGCCGGAGGUGAAGAGCGUGGUGACCCGCGUGGCCAACCUGCCCCUGGUGAGCUCCGCCUAUGAUAUGGUGUCCUCGGCCUACACCUGCACCAAGGAGAGCCACCCCUACGUGCGCUCCGUCUGCGAUGCCGCCGAGAAGGGGGUGAAGACGCUGACGGCGGCGGCCGYGAGCGGGGCCCAGCCCCUCCUCACCCGGCUGGAGCCCCAGAUCUCCACCGCCAAUAAAUUCGCCUGCAAAGGGCUGGACAAGCUGGAGGAGAAGCUGCCCAUCCUGCAGCAGCCCCCCGAGAAGCUGGUGGCCGGGACCAGGGCGCUGCUGUCAGGCACGGUGAGCGGGGUGGUGGCCAGGACACGCUCGGUGCUCGGGGCCGUGGCGGGCACUCGCGUGGGGCGGCUGCUGGCCACGGGCGUGGACACCAUGCUGGGCCGGUCCCAGGAGCUGCGGGGUCGGUACCUCCMCAGGGCACACGAGGAGCAGGCAGUGGCAGGGACGGAGGUGACCACGGGCACAGAGGUGACCACGGGCACGGAGGUGACCGCAGGCAGAGAAGUGACCACGGGCACGGAGAUGACCACAGGCACAGAGGUGACCACGGGCACAGAGGUGACCACGGGCACGCAGGUGACCACGGGCACAGAGGUGACCACAGGCACAGAGGUCGCUACGGGCACGGAGGUGGCCACAGGGACAGAAGUGACCACGGGCACGGAGGUGACCACGGGCACGGAGGUGACCACGGGCACGGAGGUGACAACAGACACGAAGGUGACCGCGCAGAGGCGGUGGCAGAGCUGUUUUGUCCGUGUGGGCGCGCUGACGGCCAUGCUGCGGCCCCGGGCCCUGCGGCGCUCGCCGGGUGACCUGCAGCGGGCACGGCACCGCGCCCAGCGGCUCCUGGGCCAGCUCCACCACAUCAUCCAUCUGAUCGAGGAGGGGCAGCGGGGCACGGAUGGACCCCGGCGCGGCACCCGGGAGCAGCUGCACCGCCUGUGGGUGGAGUGGAGCCAGCAGGAUGCGGUGCCCAUGGAGGACAGCGAGGUGGAAGCUCGGACCUUGGCCAUGCUCCGCGGGCUCCUGCACCARCUCCACGCCGCCUGCUCCCACCUGGGCGCCCGGGCGUUCCCCGGCGGCGUGCAGGACACGGYGGGACACGUCCGGCACGGCGUGGAGAGCAUCCAGGCCGCCCUGGCCGGUGCCCGCUCCUUCCAGGAGCUGUCGGGGCUGGCGCUGGCGCAGAGCCGGGACGCGGUGGCGCGGGCUCAGCUGAGCCUGGAGGCGCUGCUGGAACACGUAGGGCAGCGAACGCCYCUGCCCUGGCUCGUGGGUCCCUUCGCCCCCGCGCUCGUGGAGUACCCCGAGGAUGUCCCCGUGGAGAUGGCCAAGUGGGAGGGCUGUGUCACCGUCGGGGGGACGCACCGGGCGCCCGCUGCCCCGCGGGUCUGCAGCCAGCACUGAGCCAGCGAGCUGGGGGAGCACCCACCCAUCGUGAGCCCCAAUCCCACCGGGAUGGACUGGGUGACCCGGUGUGGGACGCCGGUGUCACAGCUGAGGACUGGUGUGGGGUUGGUGGCAUGUGGAGGACACAGCGUGUCUGCGAUCCAGGGCUGCCCUUAGCCCCAGAAGCAUCGGGAUUUCGUGUUUUAACAGCUUCAAACCAGUUUAAAGUGGAAGAAAACAACUUUUUUGGCCUGAAAAAUGACUCAGAGCCCGCAGUGUUGCGGCAGAGCCACCGUGCCGGGCUCACCGGGGGGCUCCGCACGGGCGGCAGAACCGGGGGCACCCCCGGGGGGUUCGA